GAAAACGUCCAAGUUUGAAGGAACCUUUUCAAUCUUAAAAUCCUUAACUAUGAAGAUCUGACUGAAAAAUGUCAAAUCUCAGUUCUCAGGCCUCAGAUGCCUCUGAUGCAUCAGUCACACCGAUGGCGCCUGCGGUCGAGGCAGGUCACAUUCUAUCCAGCAGCACUUCCAGUUACUCUGUUCUGGAGUUCAUCGGUGAAGGCUGCUUUGGUAGAGUGGCCAGGUGUCAAAAGCUGGAGACAAAAGAGGUAGUAGCGGUCAAGAUCCUCAAAGACAUUCAUGACAUUGAGGGCACAGAGAAAGAGCUGUCGAUGUUAGAACACAUCAGUGUCCUGAAUCCAGACCACACUAACGUUGUGAAGUUCUUUGAGUGGUUUGAUCAUAUGGGACAGACCUGUCUAGCAUUUGAGAUGCUGGAUGGGAGUCUCUAUGAUCUGCUCCAAGAACGAAGCUUGAAUCCACUGUCCGUGAAAGAAGUCCGACCAAUUGCACAGCAGCUGUUGGUCACUUUGGAUGCCCUCAAAGGUCUUGGUGUCCUGCAUACUGACAUUAAACCUGACAACAUCAUGUUAGUCAACAAGCAGGACCAGCCCUUCAGGAUAAAACUCAUAGACUUCGGUGAAGCAAUUUCAGUUGCUGAUGUCCAGCCUGGGUUGGUGAUUCAGCCAAUAGGUUACAGGGCUCCAGAGGUUGCUCUUGGCCUGCCCUUUACUGAGGCUGUUGAUGUGUGGGGAGUUGGCUGUGUCCUGGCCUACCUCUACCUCGCAGAUGACCUUUUCCCUUUCGUCUGUGUAUAUCAGAUGAUGAAGCGCAUUGUUGAAGUUCUCGGUCAACCAGAGGACCACCUGCUUUGUGCAGGGAAAUAUACAGAGUACUUCUUCUGUCAGGAGGAAGCUGCUGAUGGUCCAGCAUGGAGGCUGAUGACACCAGAUGAAUUCGCAGAAGCCAAUGAUCUGAUACUACAAGAAGAAAACAGUGAUGCUGACCUGCCCAGCUCUCUGGAUGACCUAGUUAAUGUCUAUCCAAGAGAGAACGCUGAUGAAUUUGAGGACAGGACGGCUUUUAUAGACCUCCUGAAACAGCUGCUGCAUCUUGUUGGGGAUCAGAGAAUCUCUCCCCAUCAGGCUCUGCAGCACAGUUUCAUUGCUAUGUCCCACCUGACUGAGCACCCUUGCAGCAGUGACUAUCUGUUCACCUCCCAGACUCUGAUGAGUUUUUGCCCAAUGGAGGACAGGAUGAACACCACUGCAGCCACCACAGGGUCAUCUUCAGACGAAGAUCCAGCUGCCCGGUCUGAGGAAGAACUGUCUAAUGCCAUCUACGACAUAGAGCCAUCUGACUGCUCUUCUGAUGAAGGAAUAGCUGAUGUCACCUAUGUCACAGAGUCAUCUGACUGCUCUUCUGAUGAAGGAAUAUCUGAUGUCACCUAUGACAUAGAGCCAUCUAACCGGUCUUCUGAUGGACAUUCUCCCCCCAAUGACGAUCUAGCACACUGGUCCUUUCAUAGAGUUCGGCCUCCAUUCCUAAAAGAUGAAGAUCCAGCUGCCAGGUCUUCUGAUGGACAUUCUCUCUCCAGUGAUGUUGAUCUAGCUCACUGGUCUUUUCAGAGAGUUCAGCCUCCAUGGUUAAAAGGUGAAGAUCCAGCUGCCACGUCUUCUGAUGGCACUAAAACACCAGACCGCACUGCUGCAGCCUCAGCCUCCUCUGGUCUAAACCUCUUCAGCCGAGUUGCAACAACCUUUAGUUGCUGCUGCCACCCUACUGUGGAAGACUGAUUCACAUGGACAUUUAUUAGUGUGUAUUUUUUUAAAUAUACUUUUUGAUUUCUAAUCACACCUGUGACCGGUCUUCUGAUGAAGGACUAUCUAAUUUUACUAAUGACAAAGAGCCAUCUGAUCAGGGUCUGGAUCAGAAUCUGGUCUUCUGAUGAAGGACAUUUUUUAGUAGUUGUUUUUUUGUUUGCAGUGGUGUCUCCAUUUAUUACAUAACACACAAUCAUUUAUCAUCAUUUUAUACUCUUCUGAAUAUUUGCUCUGUAAUUAUACUUCAUUCAUUUUGAAUUCAUAUUUUGCUAAUAAUAUAAUAAGUGCUUAUACAUUUCAGGCACCAUCUUAGCUUAUUUACUUAAUUCUUCAGUAUUCUCAUUGACAUGUUCAUUCUUUAGGUAAAUGAUAGUAAUUGAUUACAGAACAAAAUUAUGUGAGUGAGACAGUCCCAAUACUCACCGCUUUUUUUGACAGCAUGGUGUUAAUUUACUCGAUCAUAUAUCGGACCUGAUAUGAAUGGACUCACAGUAAACACGUAGACUGCACACAUUUCAAAAUGGGUUCAUUUUUAUACAAAUAGAAGCGGAUAAAAUCAU